AAGUGUAAUGAGUAAAAAAAAUGAAGUAAGGACAAAAGGGGUAAUUCAACCACAAAGAAAGCUAAAUGCAGAGUUAGUUAGAGUUGAGGGACAGAUGACAACAGAUCAAAUACGCAAAAGUUUGAGGCAAAGGCAAACAAAUACUCAACUCAAGGACUAUGUGCUGUAGGCAAAGAGUGAAUCAUCGCAGAGAACACCCGAAUGAAGGAUUUGGAUGCAGGUCUCAAGAAUGCCCAAAAAGACCUAAAAAUGCUACAAUCGUUGAUGGAGCAAAAAAUCGAAGAACAGCGUGAGUUUGCGCUGAAAUUAGCUAUGGAUCAGCGAGCACUAUCACUGAAAAUGGCUGAGGAUAAUCAGCAGCAAUUUGAAGCACUGCGCGCUCUCAUCGAGUCGGCUAGUACGAGACAAAAAGAUUCUCUGGACCAUGAUCCGAACUCUGCGUCUGGUGCCGUUUCCUUUAACUGUUCCAUGCCAAGCCCGAGAAAGCUCAAUUUCGACUUUCCAAGAUUUGAUGGUACGAAUGCCAUAUCUUGGAUUUUUAAUGCAGAUCAAUAUUUCAAUUAUUACAAUACACCAGAACAGGAGAAGUUGGCAAUUGCUUCAAUUCAUAUGGACAAGGGCACAGUACCUUGGUAUCAAAUGAUGCAACGUAACCAACCCUUUACGUCUUGGUUUGAGUUAAAAAGGGCAAUUGAAAUUAAAUUUGGCCCGUCCUUGUUUGAUUGCCCACGAGCUGCUCUUUUUAAAUUGACCCAAAAAGGAUCUGUAGCAGAUUAUUAUUCGGAAUUUAUUGCCUUGGCUAAUAGAUCUGAAAUUAAUCCCCCAGAAGCAUUAGUGGAUUGCUUUGUUAGCGGCUUAAAAGCUGAUAUUAAACGAGAUGUGAUAGCUCAAUGCCCUGGUUCCCUAAUCCGAGCAAUCUCUCUGGCCAAAUUAUUUGAAGAGAAGUACACCACUAAUUUUCGUCACUCUUUUGGCUCAAAUGCCAACCGAAUCACUUCCACUCCUAACAAUAGCCUCACACCCAAACCAGAUGGAACAUCCAAAUUACUCACUCAGAAAUGGAUUUUUGAUGUGGAAGGAUCGCAUAGUUAUUCCAGAAAAAUCUCAAUUGCUACAAGAUGUCAUGACUGA